CCCGGCCGCACAUUUCCCUGCCCGCGGGAGGAAUUCUGCUCUCCAGAGCCCGAGGGGAUCGCGCAGCCCGGGAGGGAGAAGCGGAUGAAGCCGGGACGGGGCUGAGCUUCCCCCGCUGGCAGCGCAGGCACCGCUCUCCGAGCUCAGCCCCCGCCCGGAUCCGACAGCGAGGACGGAAAUGGGAAGCUCCCAAAUUUUCCUCUCCAAGCCCUGCCUGGUGCUGCUGCUCCUGGCCCCGCUGAGCUGCGCCCAGCACGAGCGCUGGCCCGACCCCGCCGCCGACCCCGAGCGGGAAUCGCGGCCGCUCCCGAGAGCCGCCGGCGUCCCCAGGAUCCAGCUGAGGCUGGCGGGGCAGAAGAGGAAGCACAACGAGGGCAGGGUGGAGGUGUUCUACGGCGGGGAGUGGGGCACCGUGUGCGACGACGACUUCUCCAUCCACGCCGCCCACGUGGUGUGCCGCGAGCUGGGGUACACCGAGGCCGUGUCCUGGCUGCCCGGCUCCAAGUACGGCAAAGGAGAAGGGAGGAUUUGGCUGGACAACGUGCACUGCACGGGCAGGGAGAGCAGCCUGGCCGCCUGCGGCUCCAACGGCUGGGGCGUCAGCGACUGCAAGCACACCGAGGACGUGGGCGUGGUGUGCAGCGAGAAGAGGAUCCCCGGCUUCAAGUUUGACAACUCCCUGAUUAAUCAGAUCGAGAACAUGAACAUCCAGGUGGAGGACAUCCGGAUCCGCGCCAUCCUGGCCACCUACCGCAAGCGCGUCCCCGUCACCGAGGGCUACGUGGAGGUGAAGGACGAGGGCACCUGGAAGCAGAUCUGCGACAAGCACUGGACCAUGAAGAAUUCCCGCGUGGUCUGCGGGAUGUUCGGCUUCCCCAGCGAGAGGAAAUACAACACCAACGUCUACAAGAUGUUCGCCAGCAGAAGGAAGCAGCACUACUGGGCCUACUCCAUGGAGUGCAGCGGGAACGAGGCUCACAUCUCCAGCUGCAAGCUGGGAAACCACCUGACGGGCGCCGGGGAGAACAGCAGCUGCCAGAACGGCGUGCCCGCCGUCGUCAGCUGCGUCCCCGGCCGCGCCUUCGCGCCCAGCAGCCACAGCGGCUUCCGGAAGGCUUUCAGGCAGGAGCAACCCCUGGUGAGGCUGAAAGGAGGAGCCAACACGGGCGAAGGCCGGGUGGAGGUGCUGAAAAACGGGGAGUGGGGGACGGUGUGCGACGACAACUGGAUGGUGUCGGCCAGCGUGGUGUGCCGGGAGCUGGGCUUCGGCAGCGCCAAGGAGGCCAUCACGGGAGCCAGGCUGGGCCAGGGAAUGGGUCCCAUCCACCUGAACGAGAUCGACUGCACGGGCUUUGAGAAGUCGGUCACGGACUGCAAGUUCAACACCGAGUCCCAGGGCUGCAACCACGAGGAGGACGCUGCGGUGAGGUGCAACGUGCCGGCCAUGGGCUUCCAGAACCAGCUUCGCCUGAGCGGGGGCCGUAACCCCUACGAGGGCCGCGUGGAGGUGGCCGAGCGCAACGGCACCCUGAGGUGGGGCACGGUCUGCAGCCACAACUGGGGCAUGGAGGCCAUGGUGGUGUGCCGGCAGCUGGGGCUGGGAUUUGCCAGCCACGCCUUCCAGGAAACGUGGUACUGGCACGGGGACGUCAGCGCCGACGACGUGGUGAUGAGCGGCGUCAAGUGCUCGGGGACGGAGAUGUCCCUGUCCCACUGCCGGCACGACGGGGCCCACGUCUCCUGCCCCAGGGGAGGGGGGCGCUUCGGGGCCGGCGUGUCCUGCUCGGAGACCGCCCCUGACCUGGUGCUGAACGCGGAGCUGGUGGAGCAGACGUCCUACCUGGAGGACAGGCCCAUGUUCCUGCUGCAGUGCGCCCUGGAGGAGAACUGCCUGGCCAGCUCGGCCCACAACACCUCGCUGACCUCGGGCUACCGCCGCCUGCUGCGCUUCUCCUCCCAGAUCCACAACAACGGCCAGUCCGACUUCCGCCCCAAGAACGGCCGCCACGCCUGGGUGUGGCACGACUGUCACCGGCACUACCACAGCAUGGAGGUGUUCACCCACUACGACCUCCUGAACCUCAACGGCACCAAGGUGGCCGAGGGACACAAGGCCAGCUUCUGCCUGGAGGACACGGAAUGCGAGGCAGAUGUGCAGAAACAGUACGAGUGCGCCAAUUUUGGGGAGCAGGGGAUCACGGUCGGCUGCUGGGACGUUUACCGGCACGACAUCGACUGCCAGUGGAUCGACAUCACCGACGUCCCGCCCGGGGACUACCUCUUCCAGGUCGUGAUCAACCCCAACUACGAGGUGGCGGAGUCGGAUUAUUCCAACAACGUCAUGAAAUGCCGGAGCCGCUACGACGGGCAGCGCAUCUGGAUGUACAACUGCCACAUAGGCGGUUCCUUCAGCGAGGAGACGGGAGCAGGAAGUUCGAACCACUUCAGGGGACCUCACAAAUACACGUCGUCUCGGCCCGGUUAG